GCCCAGAGCCGAGCGAGCAGCCGGGUGGGCUGAGGGGGCGGUGGCGUGGGAGCCGGCGAAGUUUGGCGACCCGGCCAGUGCUAAGAUCCCGAGCCGGGCUCGACGCUGGAGACCCAGGGGGCGCGCGGACCGGUUAACUGACUUCCCCGGGCCUGCGGCCGUUGUCUCGCGAAGCAUCCUCUUUGCUGGAAGUGUUUAAGCUUCUAAAAUGUCAUCAAUCAAGCACCUAGUUUAUGCAGUUAUUCGUUUCUUACGGGAACAAAGUCAAAUGGAUGCUUAUACUUCUGAUGAACAAGAAAGUUUGGAAGUUGCAAUUCAGUGCCUGGAGACGGUUUUUAAGAUCAGCCCAGAAGAUACACAUCUAGCAGUUUCACAGCCUUUGACAGAAAUAUUCACAAAUUCUGUCUGUAAGAAUGACAUUUCGCCACUCUCAAACUUAGUGCCCGAAGAUGUAGGAAAAGCUGACCAAUUAAAAGAUGAAGGCAAUAACCACAUGAAAGAAGAAAAUUAUGCUGCUGCAGUGGAUUGUUAUACACAGGCAAUAGAACUGGAUCCCAAUAAUGCAGUUUAUUAUUGCAACAGGGCUGCUGCACAGAGCAAGUUAAGUCACUACACAGAUGCAAUAAAAGAUUGUGAAAAAGCUAUAGCAAUUGAUUCAAAGUACAGCAAGGCCUAUGGGAGGAUGGGGCUGGCCCUUACUGCUAUGAAUAAAUUUGAAGAAGCAGUUAGAAGUUAUCAAAAGGCAUUAGAUCUUGACCCUGAAAAUGAUUCUUAUAAAUCAAAUCUGAAAAUAGCAGAACAGAAAUUAAGAGAGACAGGAACUGGAUUGAGCUUUGACAUGGCCAGCUUGAUAAAUAAUCCAGCUUUCAUUAGUAUGGCAGCAAGUUUAAUGCAGAAUCCUCAAGUUCAACAGCUCAUGUCAGGAAUGAUGACAAAUGCCAUUGGGGGACCUGCUGCUGGAGUUGGGGGCCUAACUGACCUGUCUAGUCUCAUCCAAGCGGGACAGCAAUUUGCUCAGCAGAUACAGCAACAGAAUCCUGAACUUAUAGAGCAACUGAGAAAUCACAUCCGGAGCAGAUCAUUCAGCAGCAGCACUGAAGAACAUUCCUGAUCAGGGAUGUUCGCUCAGGAUGAAAAUGGUUUAUGGCUCCGAAGUAGUCAGUGUAGAUCAUAGCCAAAUGCAAAAUGAAACAAAACAACAAGAAAAAAGCACCAAAAUAAUGGAGGAAAACCUCUUGUGUGUAUUCCUAAAGAGCAAAUCUGUUUAGAAAAUAGGUUUAUCACAGAGACUGGAACAUAACUCCUCUGGAAAUGAAUGGUCAUAAGCCUUGUUAAGUGCCAGUAUGACACUUGGACAAGGUUCCAUCCAUUUCCGAUCUUUUAUCAUAUUUGUACAUUAGAGUUAAUAGCAGAGUAUAUUUAUUGAAUUGUAGCACUGUUCAUUGGUGACUUCUUUAGCUUCAAGUUCCCCUAAGCAAAGUUUUUUGAGAGGGGAGAUGAGGGGAAAGGUUUGUCAUACUGGUUUAGAGGAAAUACUGAGCAGCAUGUCAAGAGAGAAGAAAUGUAUUAUUUCAGUUUAACUUUGAUAAGUACAGUC